CGGGAAGAUAGAUAGCAGCGGAAGUGCAAGCAGCAUUGCUGGUGCUUCUUUCACCGAAUACUUCUAUGAAAAUUCUACUCUUCCCUAUACAGAUCAUCUUCAACAAGGUACAACUAGUGCUCAGAGGAGCUUUUCUGGUCGUGGUGGAGAUCAGCAAGUGCUUUGUCGUACUCUGCGACAAUUCGAAUUCGAUGCCUCAGUACAACUCCAGUCCGUCGUGGUGGAACCUAAUCCGACAGACCUGCAGCACCUCCGGGUCUUUUGCAAGGGUUCGUUCGAGGCCGUCUCUCGCCGUUGUCUGCCCAGUACCAUCCCCGAGGGCGCUGAGGAACUAACCCGGAAGCACUCUCUUCGUGGUUUCUACGUCAUCGCAGUGGCAACCAAAGGUCUGGAAGUUCCAAUCGGUGCGUCGUCGCCAGAGGUGCAGCUGCGGGACUCGUUCACGAGAGUCCAACAAAUGCCGAGAGACGAAGUUGAGAAAGAUCUCACAUUCCUUGGUUUCCUCUACUUCUUGAACGAGAUCAAACCAGAUUCAAAAGCGGCUUUGUGCGAGUUGCGCCAUGGAGGCAUCCGCUUAGUCAUGAUAACUGGAGACAACCUAUGGACCGGAGUUCAAGUAGGACUAAAAGCGGGCUUGUUGCCUGAGGAUGCAGUAGUUUUGGCCGGGGAGAUCACGAUGCCGGACGAGGAAGGCCAGGGUCAGGGAGGUAACAAUGACAAAGCACAACAAGAACAACAGCCUGAACAAGGACCACCUGGCACAAUAACAGCACAUCCACAUGAAGAUGGCGCCUUAAGCGACUAUGAAGAGAUGAGAGCGAAUGCGAAGCAUGCAAGUAUUCAUUUGUCGGAACACCACGAGCAGCCAAGCAGUAUGGAAGAACAGGUAGAGGCAGCACAAGCUUUUGCGUCGAUGGCGUCCUCCCAUGAUCUUGCAAACAAAGUCCGACAUUUCUACAACGCUGGUCCUGGUGCUAGUUUAGGAGGUACAAAUCAUACAAAUGCGAGAGCAAGUGCAGCCGAAACAAGUGCUCUGACUUCAAGGGGAAAUGCAAAUGCUUCCGUGAUGUCUGCCUCUGGAAGAAGAAGUCAAGGUUUUUCUACAAGAGAGCAAGGGCUUUCUUCAACAAGAGAACUACACGAGGAACCUCCCACGAUUCGCGGUGGCUACAGCCUACAUUGGAACUUUGUGGAUGAAGACCACACUGCGUAUAUGAAGCAGUUUGCCCAAGUGAUUCGACCUUCAGCAGAGUCCUCGUAUCCUGUGCGCGUUGGCUACUUUGGCGAUCCUGCGUAUCGGCAUCGGCCCAUUAACUCCCUGUUGCCGCAUGAUCAACAUCAUAGGACGAGCACCACGAGACAGGAACUUCUUAGCAGAAAAAGCCACCGUGCACAGCAGCAACAAGGCUCUUGUUCAGGAACAGCCAACCAAGACCUGCAUUCUCGUGCUGAGGUGAAAACGUCAACAGGUGAACGCAAGCCCGUUUGCUUGGCUUUAUCGGAAAAUGCUUGGCUGUUUCUGAAGCAGGUGGAUCCUCAACUUCUAGAUCGGCUGCGCACUGACAUUUGCAUUUACGGGCGGAUGACGCCUGGGGGCAAGGUCGACGUGAUCAAAAGCCAGCAGUCUGAUGGCAGUGUCGUGGGAAUGUGCGGUGACGGUGGAAAUGACUGUGCCGCUCUGAGACAAGCCCACUGUGGUUUAGCACUCUCCGCUGGUGCGAAAUCCAUGGUCGGAAGUUUCGUAACACCAAGCAGCAGUCUUUUUGCGUUGGCGGAGAUUGUAAGGCAGGGCCGCUGUUGUUUGAUGGUAAGUGUGAGUCUGUUUCAAUUGGCGAUUGUGUUAGGAGCAUGCGCGGCAACGCAGCAAGUCGUGCAGGGUUUCUAUUUCGGUCAACGAGCGUUUUGGGAUAUGACCUUGAACGAUUUCUUACUAGGAACUAUCAUCGCGAUUCAAGUCUGCAUCGCGCAGCAGCCAAGGCAAGCCCAUCCGGAUCUGGAGGCGAAGAAGACGAAGGAAGAUGCUAUCGCGGAACGGGAAGAAGAACUUAGAGAGAUGAAGAUGAUGAAACUGAAUGGGAACAAAGCUGCAAAUGAAGAAGAUCCUCAUAAUAUGUAUAAUGCUUUGCCAGCUGGCACCUCAGAUGACCUUCCACAAGAAAGCGAAGAGGGUGAAUACAAGCAGAUCGGAUCUUCGGACUUCGACGAACAGCUCGCAAAACUGCCCUCCGCCGAGGAGCUUCAAGAAAAACGAGCGAAUCUUCCCCGUGGUUGCCUCUUGGCUACGCAGAUGCCGAACGCGAAUUUGACCAGUGUGCGACAGUUGUCUCUCGUAGUCUUGUGCGCCGUUUCGGUAGCUGGAAUCGUUCUAGUGUUGGCUAUCCUGAUUCAACACCAGAGCCCUUCAUGGGCAGCCACUUCCUUAGAUGUGGAUCUUCGUGAGCGCAUGCACAAGUUACGAACUGGAGACACGAGUCUUUUGUACCAACUACGCCUAGAGCGCAUGGAGAGUCCGUUUCGCCGUGACGUUUUCGUCAGCAGUAUCAACUGGGUGAUGUACCUGAGCGCACCUUUUCUCGCCACGAGUGCCUACUGCUACGACGCUGGACGAUUUCGAUCCUCUGUUACCCGAAAUUGGGUGUGGUGGCUCUAUUUGUUCCUAUUUCUCGGGUUGCUUUCGGUGUUGUCCAUGGGCAAUCGUGGCUACAACGUGUGGCUGCGGCGCAACGUGGAUAACCGAACGUUGUGGAAAUUAUGGGAUUCAAGUCCAGCAGGGUGGUUGGAGGGCAGCGAUCCUAUUGACCCUGAAAUCCGCUCAGACAUGCACUGGUUUACUCGUGUGGACGUCGACCAAGGUCCACAUUUGCUAAAUUUGCAAGGAUUUAACGUUGAGCACAGUGGGAGUUUGACCUUGAACUUAGGUGGAGGUGCUGGAGAACGAUCAAAUCCAAGAAAGGCACAGGCGACAACUUCAACACCAAAUCCAAAGGCAGCACAACUACCGAAAGCACAAGCAAACGCACAAGCUUCAUCGUUCAUUGAGAAGACUCCUCAGCAGACUACAUCUACUAUUAAGGAACGAGACGACUAUCUGGCGCGCGUGGACCCCGAAGGACGAUCACGACGUGAGGGCUACCUCAGUGCCGCAAAAUCCUUUGUACAGGGAACAACGUUGAAAGAUGCGGCUCAGGUGACAUUUUCCAACAUGCGGGAAGCAGCUUCUAAGGCAGGAAGCUAUCGUUUGCCCUCGACCCCAUUGAAGUUGAACACACAAGUUGUGGCUCAUGCCAAAAUUGCAGGCGCGUUGAUGGUUAGAUUUGAUGACAUCGGAGCACAAUUGGUUGAAUAUUUUGGCGGUAGUCAGAGUGGAGGAGAAUCGCGUGGUGCGGGAACUACAACUACUCCUAAGCAAGCACCAGCUGCUAAGCAGGCGUCCCCAGUUGCUAAGCAGAUACCUUCAGGGAACAACGCUCCACGUCAGGCGGGCACCUCUUUCGCAACGAUCAGUUCCAAAGGCUUUCUAG